GACGUAUUUUGGCAUGACGCAACGUCCCAGCGCCUGGCAACCCGCACCGAGUGAUUCAUUCUGAAGUUGAGAUGGCUUAGCUAGACUGCUAAUUCACUAAAAGUUCAACAUGAAUUUAUCUCGGAUAAACAACCUGAUAUUUCUUAUUCGCGAAUAAUACCCUCUUUUAUUUAAUAACAUCAGUCAACCAUGAAGUUGCUUCAUAAAGACAUUGAAAAAGACAAUGCCGGUCAGGUGACUCUGAUACCAGAGGAGGCAGAGGAUAUGUGGCACACCUACAACCUUCUGCAAGUGGGAGACAGUCUGAGAGCCUCCACAAUCAGGAAGGUGCAGACAGAGUCCCAGACUGGCAGUGUGGGCAGCUCCAGAGUUCGGACGACGUUGACCUUAUGUGUAGAGACUAUCGACUUUGACUCUCAGGCCUGCCAGCUGAGAGUAAAGGGCACUAACAUCGAGGAGAACCAGUAUGUCAAGAUGGGGGCUUACCACACUAUUGAGCUUGAGCUCAACAGGAAGUUCACUCUUGCCAAAAAGAGCUGGGACAGCGUUGUGCUGGACAGAAUUGAGCAGGCUUGUGAUGCCACCCAGAAGGCUGAUGUAGCAGCUGUGGUGAUGCAAGAGGGGCUUGCCAACCUGGUGCUGGUGACUCCUGCCAUGACUCUGCUCCGCGCAAAAGUGGAGGUCACCAUUCCUCGUAAGAGACGGGGGAGCUGCACCCAACAUGAGAAGGCGUUGGAGCGCUUCUAUGAGGCAGUGAUGCAGGCCAUCCUUCGCCAUAUAAACUUUGAUGUGGUGAAGUGCGUCCUGAUCGCCAGUCCAGGGUUUGUACGUGACCAAUUCAUGACUUACCUCUUCAAAGAGGCGGUGCGACAGGACAACAAGAUCCUGCUGGAGAAUCGACCUAAAUUCAUGCUGGUGCAUUCAUCAUCUGGUCAUAAAUACUCUCUCAAAGAAAUCCUCUCCGAUCCCACUGUGACAAGUAGACUUUCUGAUACCAAGGCAGCAGGAGAGGUGAAAGCGCUGGAGGAUUUCUAUAAGAUGCUUCAGCACGAGCCUGACAGAGCUUUUUAUGGAUUGGCGCAUGUGGAGAGAGCUGCUGACGCCCUCGCCAUUGACACCUUGUUGAUUAGUGAUAAGCUUUUCAGACAUCAGGAUGUUCCCACCAGGAGCCGUUAUGUUCGGUUGGUGGACAACGUAAGAGACAAUGGCGGCAACGUCAGAAUAUUCUCAAGUCUCCAUGUCUCUGGUGAACAACUGACUCAGCUGAGCGGAGUUGCUGCUAUCUUACGGUUUCCCAUCGCAGACUUGUCUGAGCCAGAGGAUGGCAGCAGCUCGGACGAAGACUGAGCCACAUCCAUGUAGCAGAGAGAGAUCUUAGAGUUGGAAACGAGAAGGUUGUCCACUGAUCACACAGGAAUCCUUAUUGACUUGGUGUGUUGUUAAAACAAUAAAGUUGCUGUGUUACGGUCAGCAUACUCCAUCUCUGCAGCACGACUUUAAGUCUAAUAUACUUAACCAUUUUCUUUAAGUGAGCAUAAUUUCAUGAUUUAAGGCAUUUUUCAUUGCUUUGGUUUGAAGGUGGGUGAAGUUGAUGAGAUGCUAAUUUACAGGAAUGUAACGUUUGUUGCCAAAUCCAGAAAAAAACAGUGAAAGUUUGAAUCUUAUUCAGCAAUAGAAAAAAACACAUUUUCCUCAAAUGUAAAUAUAUCCCUCAUUCAAAUAAAAAAAAUAGCAUUUAA